AUGUCUGCUCCGACUAGACAGUUUCACAGACUGUCUAUCGGUCAAAACAUGCCUGAAACUCGGGCCCAGUCAAGUAGGACGGCCCGCGCAGCGGGGCAGCCGGACCCUUCCGAUGAUGAUGAGAGUGAGCGUCAGGAUGAGAGUUCCUCGGAGGAGGAAAGCGAAGGGGAGGAGGAGGAGGAGGAGGAGAGCAGUGGCGAGGAGGAGGUUGGGGGCGAACGGUCCACCAUCUCUGCCCGAUCUGGCAUCACUUAUGAUGUGAGUAAUCUAGAUGGCGAGACGGGUGCUAGUGCGGUGGUGGGCUUGAAAUCGCAGUUCGACGUUGUCAAUUGUCGUGCCUCGGAUUCUGGUUAUGACUUCCAGCUGUUGGAUCGACCUCAAGUACAUAUUGGAUCUAAUUCGACAACUUGUACCUGUUCAACUUUCCAAACGCGGCCGCAGGCGGCAUGUCAACACAUCUUUUGGGUUCUUGAUCAACUCCAUUCCAGCUUCCUUUCGAACCCUUCCACGGCACGGGCGGCUCUUUCCAGCAAUGGUCGUCCUCGGGUUCCUGAACGUAUCGAGGAACUUCUCAAAGACGUUCCUCUGGAGACAGUUGCAGAGCGUUUAAACUGGCAGUUCCUCAAAACCGAAGGAGACGGGAAACUGCACGGCAUGACUCGCACAGAAAAGGUACGAGAUGUGCUCUCAGCAUUCAGUCCGAAAAUUCUUCCAGAAGACUUUCGCCGCGACUUGGUUGAGGCUACCACGGCCAAACUCACCCCAGAGCAAUGCGUGGUACAAGGAGACUUCGAAGCAACUAUGUUCCGGCUUGCUGUCCACGAUGACAGUGUUUUCAGCAGUCUCUGCAAGGCAAUGCCCUCAGGUGCUUGUGCGGCAAUCUACUUCGACAAGAUCCAAGAACAGUCUCGCCGACUACUGUCCGACUUCGAUCGAUACUGUGCAACAGGAGAGCUACCUUCAGACCCCAGCACUCCAGGUGGAGGCAUCGUGAAUGUCGAUGAAGUGGUGACGAAUCUUCGUCGUGCUGUGUCUCGUAUCCAGUACAACAUUUCGACUCGCUCUCAUGGCUAUGAAGGCGCCGCCAAUGCCCUCGUAUUGGUUCUCGAAUCGAUCGCGGCUCGCAAUAAAGAUCCUCUGGGUGGAAACACUUGGGGACGUAAGUCCUUCCACGGCGAAGAUGAAGAUCAGCGCAAUCUAUACCACAUCUUGAUCGGCUCCGAGGAUAUGGAGUUGAAGCCCGAUGAUGAUGCGUUCGUCCUCAGCGCUCUCGAGAUCCUACCUCCCUCCGCCCUCUACCCUCGAGUAAACGAGCUUCGCAACACCUUGGGCAAAAUUGAAGUAAACCGCGCACCAAAAAACUACCUCCUACGACUUGGAGCACUUAUUCGGUCUAUUGAGGCUGCUGGGGCUACCGGUGCUGGCUCAUCGGCAACGGGGUCGGGACAAAAGCGACCAGCAACAGGGAACUCGGGUGGUUAUUCUUACUCGAAACGCAGUCGAUAA